AAAGCUGCAGGGGAAGAGAACACAAAGAAUACGCAGGCUGACUGGCCCAGUCACAUCAUCACCCCCAUUCUGCUUAUACUUUACAUUGCUCCCUGGCAGUUUCUUGGAAUGAAAACGAGAUGAGCAGCCCUAACACUAAGUUAAUAGACCAGAAUGCUGAGUGGCUUCUCUGUUGCCUCUAGUCCAUGCCCGGAUUCUUAAGACACACGAAAGAGGUAACGUGCUGUUGUCAUGUGGCUUCACUGCUGUCCUUACCAUGGUCUGUAUGGCCCUGCCUGUUCCUCAUCUCCGUCUAGGUCAUUCUGCUGCAGCCCCACUGGCCUUCUUGCCUCCUUCUGACAGGGACUUGAUGUGUCCAUCCCACUUGAAACAGGAUUCGUUUGAGAAACUGCGUUCCACCCAGCACCUUGGUAAAGCGUGUAGGUUACGGGAGUCAUCUGUCACAUCCCCUACACCAAAGUUGUUUCUGGAGCUCCUUCUGGGGCGGAGAGGCGCCCGACAGAAGGGAGACCGGCGGGUGCGGUGUGAUGCGGGCCGCGAGUCCAGGUACACGGGCGCCAUCGGGCCGCUCCGCAGCGUGGAGCUGCAAGAGCUGCGGGCGUCCCGGGGCGCCGGGCCCUCGGAAGCCGGCGGGCUCGGCUCGGUCCUGCACCGCACGCGGAGCAGCACGUCCACACCUAGCGCGGGGCUAGGGCCGGGGGUCCGGCCCGCCCGGGAGACCGGCCCGGGCUGCGCUCCGGCCGCGCAACUCCGGCGCGGGCAGCUUCGGGCGCAGCCGGGCCGCGACGAGGGGCGCGGUCUCCGGAAACGCGCGCGGGGACCCGGACUCCAGCCGCCGCGGCCCCCUGUGAAGGCGUGCGGGUGAGAGCCGCCUCCAACCUGCCUCCCUACCUGUCGGCGGGAGAAGAGAGCGGUCCCUGGCUGCAGCACCCGGGAGCCACAGCGUUGGCACAGCACCGCCUUCCGGUUUCGGCCCUCGGCUGACACUAAGUCGUUCAGCGGCUCCGCUGGUUCCAUCGCCGCUACCGCCACAGCUCCCUCGGCCACGACCGCGCAGGCGCUGUCUCUGCGGGAUCUUCUCGGAACUGCGCUGGCGCGGCUUUCAGAGACGGGGCGGGGAGCGCGCGGUCACUCCCCCUCUGCGCAAGCGUCCGCUUCCCCCGCUCUGGAUUCUACUGCGCAAGCGCCUCAUUCAUUGCUUAACCUGAGUGGUUAGGUGUCCGCUGGCUUUGUGACAGGCUCCCUCACUUCCUGGGACGUGACAAAUCCUGUCUUCAUACUCACCUGGUCACUGGCCUUCCCUUACUACUGAGUAAAACCCGGGUAGAUAAUUCACGAAAGUUGACCAUACCUUUUAGUUUACUGAGAUUUGAAUUUAGUCUUAUAAACGAACGGGGACGUUUCUGGAGGCAACGUGAAGGGAAUCUGGGUUACACUACACAUCAGCAAGUUUUUCAACAUUAGUUUCUUCAGUAAGAGACUACUUAGAGGGACAUGUACCUUUUUGGUGUUGGAAAAAGAUGCCUGGAAACUUUACUUGCUGGUCUCUGUUCUGAUCAUAGUGACCAUUUACUAUGUGGCAAAACACCGUGUUGAAAUGCCUUAGAAACAAACCUAUUGCAUCAUCACGAUUUCCUUAUGGGGUUGUCACUAAUUACUCCCAGUGCACAACUGAGGAAGGGGAAGAUCAGAAAGGUUACUUUCCAGGGUCCAUAGAUCCAGGCAUGGCUUUAAAGCCACCGCUCUUGGGGUCAUUACACUAUACUUUCCCGUUCCAUUUCCAUAGAUCUCCAGCUUAUCAGUUCUAGUGCAUUAGGCCACGGAUAUCCUGAAGUGGCAAGGGAAGGAGAAUACGAAGGGGAACUAAGCUACUUGAUUAGGUAAUGUCUAAUCUACUCAACACCCCCAUCUGUUUUUCUUUUUCCUUUGUCCUUCAGGAAUUCAACAUUUAGAGAGUCGUUCUGUAAUAUAACUAAACCCUGAGGAUACAAUGAUAAUAGGCACCCUAUAUUCGAGAGCACAGUCUGAACAGGAAGACCUACCCCAAACCAAUGACAUAUGAUAAAGACAAUCAUGGGAACAAAGAUAAAUGGAAGCCAGGGUUAGGGAAUAAUCCCCAGCUGGAGAGUCAGAAAAAGCUUUAACUAGGUGACAUCUGAAUUAGGCAUCAGAGUGUGACUAGGAUUUGGUCUGAAAAGCAAGAUUAUUUCAGAUAGAAGAACAGUGGAAUACCUGAACAACGGUGAGAACAAAUUUAAGAACGGAAUGUAUUUGGAACUUUUAAAGAUAAAAUCAUGUAGAACGUAGAAAUGAAUUGGAUGUCUGUAUUGUAAUGGGGAUGACACAAGAUAAAUAAAUGACAGAUCUCUGAGACUGGGUAACUAAGUGGCUGGCUGCCAUCUAAGAGAGCUAGAAAAACAAGAGGAACCCCCAAAUUAGGGGUACCUCUGUGUAUGUGCAUGAGCAAAGUGUGUGAGACUGGCAAGAGUGGAAAGAGAGCAAAGAGUUUCAGUUUUCUACAGAAUAUUCAGUUGUGGCUGCCAUAUGAAGAACUAUUUGGGAAUUUGGUCUGAAACUCGGAAAAAUCAGCAGUAAAGAUAACCAUCAGUUCUUUACUCCCCACUUCUCUGCCUCCCCUGCAUCUCUUCCUGAUAGGAUGAGUCACAUGUUUCAUAGCUGUGGUUUGAUCAGCAGGCACAAUCCAUCUGCUGAGGAAAAGUUGGCAGGUUCCUUUAGAGAAAAUAACUUCCCCUUGGCCUCCCCCAUCCCUUUGCUCUGGAAAUACAGGAUUUUUUGCAGUUUUGCAGGCCUUCUGCAUAGUUGUUUGUAUAAAUCUAAGCAAACAGAAAUAGGACUGGAGUGACUAAAACCCUAAAAGUCAAGUGAGUAUUAAAUGAGCUGAAGAUUGAGUCUUUAUUCUAUUUGGCGUUCAAGUAAACUCCAAGUGUGAAAGGAGUCAAUAAAUAUGCAAUUUUAUAUAAAUAUUUUACUGAUGAGAAUCUCCGCAAGGGUAAAGGGGCUACCUCUUACCUAUGUCUAGUACAGCUAGUUGGCGAACACAUAAGGUGAACGGGGAGGAGAGACAGGACAUACAGCUGAUUGCUAGGCCUGCUCUCCCCAAAUAUCUGCAAGACAGUGGUCAGCCAUAAACUCUCUUAAAGGCAUUUGAGACAAUUGAUUUUUAAUAUUUUCUUAAAAAAAUACAAAGGAAAUGAACUCUUGAGGUCAAUACAACUCAGGGAAAGAGGAAAAAAUGAAAUUUUGGAAUAAAGGAAAAGUGCAUCCUUGUUUAGGUUAUCACAUCCCCAACACUCCCAAUACCCCACAAAACCAAGAAUUUCACUCCAAAACACAGGGGAACCUUGAAUGGUGGCUCAGAAAUGGCGAUAGCAAGUACUGGAACAAAAGGAUUUUGGUUGUCCUUGAUUAUUCUGUCCUGGGAUGAAUAAAAUCCACUCUAAGGACAGGUGAGGGAAACUUAUAGUAGGAAAACGAUUAACUGUACCAAACACAGCAGUAAUAAGCACUCCUCAGCAGAAGGGUGCCCUUAACAGAAUGGGGCAGUAAUCAGGUAGCUGCCCUUUUAGGCUGCUGCCACCCCCACCCCAUCCCCAAAUAAAUAGUAAUGAAGUAUAAUAGUAUAGUAGUAUUUGAUUCAACACAGAAAGAUAGUGUCUCACCCACUCAAGGCAAACCAUGCCAUGGAUAGGUGAGCCCUGGCAGGAAAUAAGACGACUGUAAAAUCACAGGUACUUCUACUUCCCAGGCAUACGGAACUCCCACAUUUAUUCCAUGUCUGCUCAGCCCAACAUCUGUUCACUCUUAUUCUGUCAGUCUCCGGUGCCAAGAUGCGCACCAUUCUAGUUCAGAAAGACCAUGGGGAAAUAAAAAGAUCCUUCCAAUAAUACACCCUUUAAGUCCUCCAGGUUAUACUUCAGUGGUGUUCUAGGUUCACUCAAAU